CGUAAGCUUGUAAGCCGAGCCCUCGACUGACAGCUGACGCCGUUACAAUGUUAUUUGGACUGUUUUAACAUAGACUUGCUCAGAUUUUUCGACGGGUAAAAAUGCUUUGGUGCUUUCUUUGAUUUUGCCGAGCUAUAAGCGGGGCAGGGACGGCGGCGGUGGAGUUUAUCGACGCAAUCUGCGUCGCACUGGGGGAUAUUUGGUUGAUCGGGGUGGGGUGAGCCAGAACCCCGGCCAUUUAUUGGAUAUGUGUCGGUAAAUUGGUUGAUAUUUCAGCUGUUGCAGAGCAGGACCCGAGAAGGGUGCAUCAAUUCUUAUUUUAGUGCUAGUACCAUCGUGCUGCUCCUUAGCCUGUCCUCUCGCUAGCUGCGCCGAAAGGAAAGGCCGGGAGAAAGGUGGAUAACACUGCGUGGCGCUACCAUUAGCCUCUGCAAGGAAACCUAAUCAUGGGGAAUACGACCUCUUGCUGCGUAUCGUCCAGCCCGAAGAUCCGAGGGAGAAAUGCGCACUCCCGGCUGGAGCCCUACCACCCAGAGCCGGAGCUUCCCAGGGACGACACCGGUGGGAAUCUUCAACACAUCAGCGACAGGGAGAACAUUGACGAUCCCAACAUGGAGUACAAUCCCUCAGACCACCCGCGAGCAAGCACCAUCUUCCUCAGCAAGUCACAGACAGACGUAAGGGAAAAGCGGAAAAGUCUCUACAUUAACCAUUUAACUCACAUCACCGAGUCCAAGCACAUGGCGGUGCCCCUGAGACGCAAGUACAGCUCCUGCUCCACCAUCUUCCUGGACGACAGCACGGUCAGCCAGCCCAACCUCAAGUACACCAUCAAGUGUGUCGCCCUCGCAAUAUACUACCAUAUAAAGAACAGGGCUCCUCCCCAACGCCCCUCGGAGGGCUGUAGCGCCCCGGCUGAGAAACCUACAGUCUCCAAUGGCUUUCUGUGCUUGGAUUUGGUUUGCAGGGACGUGGACGGCAGGAUGCUCUUAGACAUCUUCGAUGAGAAGCUCCAUCCUCUCUCGAAGUCGGAGAUCCCCUUGGACUACGAUAAGCACGAUCCGGAGCAGAAGCAGAUCUACCGCUUCGUACGGACGCUCUUCAGUGCCGCGCAGCUGACUGCUGAGUGUGCCAUCGUAACACUGGUGUACCUUGAAAGGCUGCUGACGUACGCGGAGAUCGACAUCUGCCCGGCUAACUGGAAGAGGAUCGUACUGGGCGCCAUCCUGCUGGCCUCCAAGGUCUGGGACGACCAGGCUGUGUGGAACGUGGACUACUGCCAAAUACUCAAGGACAUCACCGUCGAAGACAUGAACGAGCUGGAGAGGCAGUUCCUGGAGCUGCUGCAGUUCAACAUCAACGUGCCGUCGAGCGUCUACGCCAAGUACUACUUCGACCUGCGCUCGCUCUCGGAGGCCAACAACCUCAGCUUCCCCCUCGAGCCUCUCAGCAGGGAAAAGGCCACGAAACUAGAGGCCAUCUCGAGAUUAUGUGACGACAAGUACAAGGACUUGACAAAAGCCGCCAAGAAGCGGUCAGUGAGUGCCGACAACCUGACAGUGGUCAGGUGGUCACCCGCCAUCAUCUCCUAGAGCCCCGAGAACUCGAGACGGACUAAAAGCCAGAGCACGCCAGAGAAAGAGAGAGAGAGAGAGAGAGGGUGAGGGCGUGAGAGAGAGAGAAAGAGAGGGAGAGAGAGAGAGAGAGAGAGAGAGAGAGAGAGAGAGGACUAGGGGCUUACUCAAGGCAUCCAACACCUCACAGGGGAGUAAGUUGGGUUGGGUUGGGCUGGGCUGGGCUAGGUCAGUCCUUUUUUUUUCCCCUGAAGGAACGUUUCCCCCCUUCCCAGACCAGCUCAACCACUCCAGUCCAGAGCCCAUUGUGCAGUAGGCUCUGGAACCAAUGGGAACUGACCCCUCUCUUCCUCGUUCUCCUCAUCCUCAUCAUUCAACUCCUCCUCCUUCAAGGUUUUAAACCCCCAACCAUAAGUAUUACGGUUCGUGGCUCAUUGUACAUAAGAGAUGCUCUAUCUGUCACUUCCCCUUUCCCCCUCCUCCUCCUCCUCCUCCUCCUCCUCCUCCUCCUCCUCCUCCUCUUCUUUCUCCUCCCAGAUCCCACCGGGCCUUGUUUUCUUCACUCCUUUUUUAACCCCCUCCCUUCCCUCUCUUUCUCCACCAGGACUUGUACAAAAAAGUUUGAGUUUGAAAAAUUAUUGCAUCCCAAGGUGGAAUUACGGCAAGCAGAAUGAAAUUUCAAAGGACAGCAACCACUAAGUCGAUUGCCACAACGAAAAGGACAAAAGUGGGGUGGGGUGGGGGAGGGGGGGCAAGAAAAGACGACACGCGCACAGGACUGUCGAACAAAAAACCUGUGAGAAGACCAACUCUUCUUGGCCGCCACGGCAACAUGAAGACCAGCUUCUAAGGCAUUGUCUCCACGGAGACCAACUUGUUUGCCAAUGGCCCUAUCGUAGCCCAGCAAGUGACCAGAGUGGACAGAGCCUCCGGCUAACAUGGCUUCAUUCCAACAAUGCGGCCACUCAUUCACUCUUGCAUUCACCAUGGCUGUGUUUCUGCUAUUGCUAAUGAUUGGUAUUGAAUAGUUACCUAUUAAUUAGUACAUUCCUUUGUUUUCAAGAGGCUUCUAGGCGUUGGGAGUGGCAUCAUCGUUGUUGGCCCAAGCAUGGGACGACAGUGUGUCUACUACGGAUAACCCUCGUGUCGGAACUUCAUGGACCUUAUGGACAGUAACGAUCCUUAACUUCUCCCGAUCCCUAAUCAGUUAGAAGAUCAUCUCUGCUUUUUGUUUUGGUUCUUAAAAUGAACUGAUAGUCCUGAUAGCUGGUCUGAUGUUGUGUAGUUGAAGCUUCGAGGUUAUGCUACAGGAACCCCAACCGUGUUCAGCUGUACAGUGCAGGAGGAUUGGGGUUUUGUCGUCACGCAUCUACACCCUCCACCAAAGCCUAGACCUCCAUCUUCUGAAAUAGUGGGGGACCUCUCUCUGGUCUUUUGAUUGUCACGACACCAUAUGAAGCACACACACAGACACACACACACGCAGGCAGGCAGGCAGGCAGACAACCAGCAUCACUAGAUCUACCUCUUCAGUGAGGUAGGUUUUGGGGUGUGUUUUUCUUCAGCUGUCAGCUUUGAGGUGGGGUGCUCUUUCGGUGCUGGGCUUGUUUCCUCAUGGGGGGUGUACUGAGGUGCAUCUCUCCCCCAGCCCCAACUUCUAUUUAGCUUUAGGCUAGCACUGGCUACAUGUUGCCUAGCUGAGCUAGCACUGGCUUUUGGCUCUAGCUGCCUGGAUAUAUUUGGGCUAACAUAACACUGCCUGGCUAGGGCUUAGAUCUUCAGGCGCUUAACUAAGUACAGGCUACCUGGGUUUUGUUGGGCUAACUUUGCCUGGCUGGGCCUACGUCUCAGAUCCCUAGGCGCUAGGCUAGCACAGGCUACAUGGGUUACUUUCACCCUGUCAGCACCCACAUUUAUCUCAGACUUAAAGAUGCUAUGUGCUGGGGAAGCGGUUUCUCUCAGAUCUACAGGAGCUAGGCUUGCACAGGCUACCAGGGGUGUGUUGCGGACAACUAGCAUUACAUGGACUGUUUGGGGUCUACUAAGUCACUACUGGUUGUCAGGGGUCUGUGGGACCACCAUCUUACUAUAAUGAACCAUCUACAGUAAAGGAUCUAUUUUGAAGGAAAAGGAAGGGGGCAGGAGGACAGAAAUGAUAGAAAUCAACCAUGGCAAAUGGGGCAAACUGAAAAAAAGCAUAAUACCAUUGGCAAACACAUGGCUAUUGACAUCUUAAAAAUGCAUUGUAGUGUUUUUGUUUUUUUUGACUGACAGACAUUUUCAGAUGUAAUUAACAAGCAGUGACUUCUACCAUGGCCAUGAGGGAACGUACUUGAAUAAUGACUCUUAUGAGGGUCAUUGAAGGUCACUGAUGGCGCGUUCGGGCCGACUGAGAACCGUGCCGGUGCCCGUUCCCGCACCUAAUCGCGAACCGGCUGGCACAUUAGAGCUCGCGAACCAGAAAGUUAGUUCACAGUACGAUCCGAAAAAUACUUGGUUUUUCUCCGCGAACCGUGACGACAACGUGGACGUCAGCAGGUUUAUCCGGGCGACACGCAGUCAACACGUGCGGAAAAGUUUAGAGCCCCUUAUGAACGCGUUUGGUUCGCAGGUAAGCACUUUAGUGCCGAACGUAACGUAACGGCACUGUUCUGGGGUGAAUUUCUUGAAAGCGUAGUUGUUAGCAGUUAGCAACUUUGGUAGUUGCCAAUGGGAAAUUGCAUUGCAACCAACAAACUAGCUAACAUAGUUAGCAACUUCGCUUUCCAGAAAUGCACCCCUGGUCGGCCUGAAAACAGCAUGAGAGAUCGUGGAGGUCAUAAGCCUGAAGGUGAGGGCCAGUGGUUGAAAGGGUUAACUGGCCAAGAGCAACUGGCGAGAGGCCAAUUGGAGAGCCUGACUUGUUGACGGGCAACUUGUGUAGCUUUGUUUGUUCAGUCACGUGUCAUUGCCCCUCCCAAAAACCAUUGACUGUGUAUUUCUAUUAUCGAUUUAUGCAGCCAAUUUCCAGAAACUCUAAAUAUUUCUUUUUGAAAACUUUGAAAAAGAAACCAUUUUAUAAUGCAAGUUUGAUAAGUUGGCACAGCAGGUCUUAAGAUUUUAUGUCACCGUUGUUUCUUCUUCUUCCUUUCCAAUUGAGCAGUUCAGUUCAGUUCAGUGCAGUGUAGUGCAAUGUUCAUUGAAUCUAGAGACGGGCCAUAUGAGACUAAUGUGUGUGUGUGGACUGAAAUUAUGAUUUCAUUUUCGAAACAUGGAGGUUUCAUCAUUUUUUAUUUUAUUUUUGUUUUUUUUGUCAAGAUUCAUGUAGCCCUUGAAUUGAUUCAGUUUCUUAACGUUUAAUAACAAAUCACAGGAGCAUUACGGUUUAAUUAUGUUACAUUGCGGUUUAGGUUGUACAAUGUAUAUAUUACAGGACUCGCUGUGUGUGCGGCCAGGGGAAAGAAAAGAAAUGAAAUGAAAUGAUGUAAAUUAAACAAAUCAGUGUUGACAUGUUAAGUAAGUACAGGAGAAAUAUGUUUUCAGUUUGAAAACAACGGCUAUGGCACAGGGAACCACUUAUUCGACAUCAGACAUAGUAAAAUUGCAAUUCUGCAGAGCACAAAGAAUCAUUACUCAAGACUGACACAGUGCAACAUAUUUGCAAUCGGGGAAAAAAAAUAUAUAUGUGAAAUUGGUGAAAGUCCUGUUCAUUUUUUUUCUGCUUUCCUUUUGGAUAAAACCUGUCAAUAUGGGUUAAUGUUUCUUUCAGUUGGUGUGUUCUCAGACUGUCUAAUAAUCACGUAUAAAAGAUACACAGUAGAUCCCCAACCCCCAGAUUAUGUCAAGCUGUAUAUCACUCACUCUUAAUUUUGUUGUUUACAUUGCGAAAGGUUUUUUUUUUUUUUUUUUUUUUUUAAGUUGCAUAACUGUUCUGUACUCGGACAGUUGUCGUAUCAGUUGCAUUAUUCACUUAUUAGUCAAAUCUAGUAGGAAGCCGUGAAGUGAGUUUUAAAAAAAAAGGGAUGGAUCUUUACCAAAGUAAAAAAAAAACACUUAAAAACAACACAAACAUUAAAAAAAGAAGAAAAAAAAAGCUGAUGAAGGAGACUCUUCCCCUGAGGAGGAUGACUAUAUAGUGCUUUACUGGCCCUUUGCACAUUGACUUUGACUGGCAGGAGCUACAGGAACAAGUGGAAGAAAGGAAAAUGGAUAGAGGGAGAGAAAGAGAAUGAAAGGAAGAGCGUGAACGAUAAGAAGGACUCAAGUAGUCAGGGAGAGAAUUCAACUGAAAAACGGGCGUGAGAGUUGAGUGGGAGAUGGGUUGGUGGUGAUUGACUGUGGGAGGAGGAGGAGGAAGAAGUUUAUCAGAUAAAGUAUUCAAAGAUUGUAUUACCCUAUUUAUUUUGUAUGCGUGUUGGAGUGUGCGUUCAUUCGGUCUGCUGUGAUCGCAGUCUGUCCGUCUGUCUCUCCGGGGGGGAGCAGGACGGCUGUCUGAAUGGUCUGGGGUGUGUUUCUCGAAAGCGUAGUUGCUAGCCAGUUAGCAACUUGGGUCAUUGCCAAUGGGAAAUUGCAUUGCAAACAGCAAAGUAGCUAACGUAGUUAGCAACUAUGGUUUCGAUAAAUGCACCUCUGAUGGCCUUGUGCACUCAACUCUACCUCCGUUUGGACACCUCUUGUUCUCCCCCCCUCCCCCUUUUCUCUCAUGAUCUAUCAGGUCUGUUAAUCUUUAUAUACAACAAAAUAUAUACAUAUAAUUCAUAUGUAUAUAUAUUAUAUAAUAUAAUACAUUUUUGUGGUUUCUCUCUUUCGAUUUUUCUUCUCCUUUUAAUUUUUUUUUUGAUUUUUAGGAUUUACAAAUUAAUCUUUCCAAUGUGUCUUUGAACUCUUGGUGGUGUCCUGUGUUGCAUAAAGAGAACUGCUGUAAAACUAUGUGAAUUCUCCUUUUGCCCUUCCUUCCCCCACCUUUUUGAUUACCGCUCAUAAGAAUGGUUACAAUUAAUGAAUUAUUAUUAUUAUUAUUAUUGUUAUUAUUAUUAUUGUUGUUGUUGUUGUCGUUUUUUUAUGUUACUGUAGGUCAACCCAUUUCCUGUGCGCAGUUUGCCAAAAGCUUGAGCGCUGUCUGUCUGGAUAUUUUCUCUUAUUAGUUUUUGAUCAUUGUCAAGUCUUUUAUCAUUUUUAUUCUGGGGCCUAUACUACAAAGCUGGUUCAGGAGUAAACCAGCUCAAGUUAAGAGGUAAAUCAUCUAAUAGAAGAGCCUGGAGUUAAGAAAAUGAGCACUCUGGGCUCUUCUGUUAGUUAAUUUACUUCUUAACUUGACCUGGGGUGCAUUUCUCAAAAGAGAAGUUGUUAGCCUGUUAGCAACUUCGGUAGUUGCCAAUGGGAAAAUGCAUUGAAAACAACAAAGUAGCUAAUGUAGUAAGCAACUUUGGUUUCGAGAAAUUCACCCCAGGUGUGCUCCUGAAUCGGCUUCUUAGUGUACCCCUCUGGUCUCUCCACUCCCCCCCCCCCCUCCCCCUCCCCCAUCUGCCUCCACUGUGGCUAUUGGGUGAAAAACAACGCUGCAUGCCGACUCGUCAAAACCAUGAUUUUUAACUGAUGCCCCCCAAACCCCCCAGUUCAGAAGCAAUGUUUAAGAACCUGCACAAGAAAAAAUAAACUUUUAAAACUUGCA